AUGACGGACAAGCUCCCCCCUAACCUGCUGGCGCUCUUCGCGCCACGCCCUCCGCUGCGAUGGGUUCCGCCUCCCGACCAUGCCCCCGAGUCGCGACGAACCCUACCAGUCUCUGGCGUCGCCGAAUUCCUCCCUGCGCUCCAAAAUUACAAGGAAACGGACGAAUACAAACCGACUGAGAGUUGGCUGCAGAUGCGCGACCGCAAGAAGCUCGAAAAACAGGCCGCCGUUGAGAGGCUGAAGACUGAGGGGCCGAAGAACUUCAAGCCACACGAAGACCCGAAUAUCCGUGGCGACGCUUUCAAGACCCUGAUUGUUGCGCGACUCUCGUACGAGGCCAACGAACAGGACCUCGAGAGGGAGUUCGGGCGAUUCGGCCCCAUUGAGCGCAUUCGCAUCAUCACUGACACUCAUGCACAUGAGAAGCCCAGAAAGAAGAAGAAGCCCCACCGCGGCUACGCCUUCGUCGUAUUUGAACGAGAGAAAGAUAUGAGAGCUGCUCUAGAUGCCUGCGAUGGUAUUCGAAUCAAGGACCGACGGAUCAAGGUAGACGUCGAGCGAGGCCGCACCGUCAAGGGCUGGGUGCCCCGUAGAUUGGGCGGCGGUCUUGGUGGCAGAGGUUACACCAAGGCUCUUCCUGCUAGGCCAAUGGGCGGCGCACCUGGUGGCAACUUUGGCGGUGGUUUCCGAGGAGGCUUUCGUGGCGGCUUCGAGGGAGGACGUGGCCGUGGAGGCUUCAGGGGAGGGUUUGGCGGCGGCCGCGGAGGUUUCCGUGGAGGCGGCGACUUUGGCAGCCGAGGUGGUGACCGUGGCCCCAACGGAUACGGCGCACCCAGAGAUGCCCCCUCAGGACCUGGUCGCGGAUUCGGAGGUGACCGUGGUGACCGAGGCGACCGCAGCUUCUCCGGCGGUGGGUUUGACCGUGGUGGCCGCUCAUUUGACGACAGGUCCGGCGGUGGCUUCCGUGAUGGAGGUCGUCACGGUGACCGUGGCGAUCGGGAUCGUGACGGCGGCCGCAGAACUGGAAGCAACAUGGAGCCGAUCAGACCCAGAGGAGAAGGUGGGUAUCGCGGUGACCGAGGAGACCGAGGCGACAGAGAAGACCGGGACCGCGGACGCGACAGGGACAGGGACUUUGACCGACCUCGCGACGAUGACAGCAGGAAACGUGGUUACGAAGGCGGCGGCUACGAAGACCCCAGGAAGUUGCGUCGUUACUGA